UUGGCGAUUCUCCAGAUUGGUUAUCUGUCGGCAACAUCGUCACGAAAUUCCCACACAAAACCGGUUCAGUGGGAUCAGCUUCGCGGCGUCGAUGCCCUGAUAUUAACUUCUGUUUGUCGUUUUCCAGAACACAACCCAGAAACAUCGGUGUGCAAUGCGUUUGCAGUGAUCGCCGAUACACUGAAAAGGAACGGAUCAGUGCUAAUGCCAAUCUGUCCAACUGGUAUCGUCUACGAUCUUCUUGAAGUAAUUUCGGCGCAACUUGAUCAGCAUGAUGUCUCAGUGGAUGUACCCGUGUAUUUUAUUUCUCCAGUAGCCGAGAGUACAUUGGCAUAUUCGAAUAUCUAUGCGGAAUGGCUAUCAGAGAAGAAGCAAAACAUGGUAAACAUACCGGAAGAACCAUUCAAACACGGAGUGCAUGAUGUCUCAGUGGAUGUUCCCGUGUAUUUUAUUUCUCCAGUAGCCGAGAGUACAUUGGCAUAUUCAAAUAUCUAUGCGGAAUGGCUAUCAGAGAAGAAGCAAAACAUGGUGAACAUACCGGAAGAACCAUUCAAACACGGGGUGGUAGGUUUUUAG